AUGUGUGUAUUCCACCAAUUUGGACUUGUGAUCAAAAUAUGGUACGAUGAGAAUGACAAAUACCAAGAUGAGCUUAUGUUCCCAUUCAACUACACUCGUAUUCCGCUGUUAAUCAUUGAAUUAUCAGCGACUUUCCUAUUAUACGUUGCCACAGUGGCUGUAAUGAAAACGAAAUCUGGCUCUCAACAAAUGUACAUGAUUCAAAGUGAGCGGCGUUUCCUCGGGCAAUCGUUGCUGACUUUUCUCAGCGAGUUGAUCUAUCUGUAUGGAACAUUCUGGAUUGGGUUCAGAUAUCUCCACCUUGGUGAUGCGAAAUUCAACGCGAACAUGAACUUCAUCACAAGGCCAAUCUCCAUCGGGCUUACUCCAAUAUACUACAUUAUGUUUUCGAAAGAAAUACGCCGUGAUGUGCUGGCAAUGAUACCAUGUCGUACGAGAAUGAUACAUCUUUUGCGUUAUCGUGUGGGAAACAAAUGUUCUAGAAUAUAA